AUGGUCAACUUAAAUUGGCCAGAACAGAAGAAAGGCAAACUAACGGCAGAGGCUAGCUCCAGCAAAGGUAGAAGAGUCACAAGGGAGACUAAUCAAAGGCCAAAGGCAACCAUCUCAGCUGGCGUAGUGCCGUGUAGCAAGUGCAAGUGUGAAAGUGAGUUAGAAGUGACUCUGGCCAGGCAGAGUCAGUCCACACCUAGCAUUUUUGAUAGAAUUGGAACAUCAUACCAACAGAGCCCAGUUUCGGCUCCAUCUAAAGACAGAGGGAGACAUAAGGACUAUCUAAGGCCUGCUCAACCCAGUAGAAUAAUGACAGAGCAGUUGAAGAAGGAAAUACCAAUUAAGAUGCCUGGAAAUGACAAGCCCUUGGCAACUAUCAUAGAAGGCAGAUGGUAUUCUGUUGGAAAAAGUAGUAGACCAACUCUGGAGUUAACCAGAACUCAGAAGAGGAGAGUUCAAAGAUAA